AUGGAUCAUGAAGCCGCCCAGCUGGAGAAGCAGCAUGUGCACAACGUGUACGAGAGCACAGCCCCUUACUUCAGCGACCUGCAGAGCAAAGCCUGGCCUCGUGUCCGCCAGUUCCUCCAAGAACAGAAGCCAGGCAGCAUCAUCGCAGAUAUAGGUUGUGGGACUGGGAAGUAUCUUAAAGUGAACAGCCAGGUACAUACCGUGGGCUGUGACUACUGUGGGCCACUGGUAGAGAUUGCCCGGAAGAGAGGAUGUGAAGCCAUGGUAUGUGACAACCUUGAUCUCCCCUUUAGGGAUGAGGGCUUCGAUGCCGUCAUCUCCAUAGGAGUCAUACAUCAUUUUUCUACAAAACAAAGAAGAAUCAGAGCAAUAAAAGAAAUGGCCAGGGUCUUAGUUCCUGGAGGCCAGCUGAUGAUUUACGUUUGGGCAAUGGAACAAAAGAACCGUCGCUUUGAGAAGCAAGACGUGCUUGUUCCAUGGAACAGGGCCCUGUGUUCCCAGCUCUUCUCAGAGUCCAGCCAGUCUGGGAGGAAGAGGCAAUGUGGACACUCAGAAAGAAGCCAUCCCUACCAACCUCCUUGCUCUGAGUGUAGCUGUUCUGUUUGUUUUAAAGAGCAGUGUGGUUCAAAACGGUCCCACAGUGUGGACUAUGAACCUGCUAUGGCAAGAACUUGUUUUGCAAAUAUUUCUAAGGAAGGAGAGGAAGAAUAUGGAUUCUACAACACAUUAGGAAAAUCAUUUCGUUCCUGGUUUUUCUCCAGAUCUUUGGAUGAGUCGACUCUGAGGAAGCAAAUUGAAAGAGUAAGACCCUUGAAAAACACAGAAGUUUGGGCCAAUAGCACUGUAACAAUCCAGCCUUCCAGACACUCUAGUUUAGACUUUGAUCACCAAGAGCCAUUUUCAACAAAAGAGCAAAACUUAGAUGAGGAAGUGUUUGUGGAAUCUUCUUCUCGAAAACACUUAGAGUGGCUGAGAGCACCAGGCACUCUGAAGCAUUUAAAUGGAGACCAUCAAGGAGAAAUGAGGAGAAAUGGAGGGGGGAGUUUUCUGGAUAGCACUAAUACCAGUGUGAAUUGUGUGGAUGCAGGUAACUUAGAAGAUGAUAAUCCUUCUGCUAGUAAAAUAUUGAGAAGGAUUUCUGCAGUCGGUUCCACAGAUUCCAACGCAGAUGAUACAAUGUCGGUCGAAGAUCCACAGCCUGAUCUUUUGGACUCCAGAGCUUUUAUGCGCUACUACCACGUGUUUCGAGAAGGGGAGCUCUGCAGUCUGCUCAAGGAGAACGUAUCAGAGCUUCGUAUCCUGAGUUCUGGAAAUGAUCAUGGUAACUGGUGUAUCAUUGCAGAGAAAAAGGGAAGUUGUGAUUGAUUGGAUCCUUUUAGACAACUCCUCCAAAAGACGAACCACAUUUUUUUUCACUAGGUUUGAUAUGGUUACCUGAAUUUGCAUUCAGUGUUAUUUGUUAAUACAUUUAUGAUUUGGUCUGCAGAGACUGUGAAUUAUAUGGUUGUUUUUGUUUUUAUCUUUGAAUAAGCACAGAUCCUGGCACUGAAAGCACUUGACAAAGGGUAUUUGUGCUUGAAUGUUAAUAUAAAAGAUCUGAAGAAGCAACAGAAAAUGCCCUUCAGUACAGCUCAGAUUUUUUUUAACCCCUGAGAGAUAAAAUACAUUUAUAGUGUUUUUCAGUGCUACACAUGGAUUUAAAAAGAUGAUGCUGUUAAAUAAUCUUUUAAAACAGUAUUUUUAUAAAGUGAGGGGAUAAUUUCUGGUUCUCAGGUUAUAAUUGAGAGCAGUGUGCAAGAUAAUAGGUAAACUUGAUCCAUUGCACAAAUAUACAUUGAACCAUGUGAUGACUUAUCUUGCUGCCAAGGUCUUGCUUCUACUUAAAGUUUUCAGAAAACUGAGUGACAGUGGAGAGAACAAGAAGUGUUACAAGGACUUUUCUAAAUUGUAAGCUAACUUGCUUCAAAAUAAGUUGACAUGUGAUAGUAAGGUUUUCAAUGUAAUCCAGGAGGUUUUUAAAGGCACUGUUAGGCUGAGCAUGGUGGCUCACGCCUGUAAUCCCAGCACUUUGGGAGGCCAAGGUGGAAGGAUCACUUGAACCCAAGAGUUCAAGAGUAGCCUGGGCAACAUAGCAAGACCCCAUCUCUAUAAAAAAUUAGCCAGGUGUGGUGGUGCAAGCCUGUCAUCCACGCUACUCAAGAGACUGAGGCAGGAGGAUCACGUGAGUCCAAGAGUUCAAGGCUGCAGUGAGCUAUGAUUGCAUCACUGCACUGCAGCCUGGGCAGUAUAACAAGACUCUGUCUCAAAAUACUAAUAAUAAUAAAGGCAUUGUUAGCUUGUAAGUAGUGGAGGAUGUAGGUACUAGGAGUUAUAUGCAAGUACCCAAGUGGUAUUCUUCCAAUCUUAUUAGAAGCAUGAAUAUUCAAGAUUGAUAUUCUAUUGCUUAUUAACAAGAUUGUUAUCAAUCAUACUUAUUAGAAGCAUGAAUAUCCAAGACCAGGAUUGACUAAUGAUGAGUCUGCAUCAAGAACUAGGCAUUUCUUUUGAGUUGACAGACUCUUUAGGAAAGGAGAAUGUAGGUGAAGCACUGAUUUUGGCUCUGAGAACAAACAGAUUAAGGUACAGCAUAGUUAGCCUUGGUAGAGGUAUGACUGGGAUUUGCUGUAUCCUUUAAAAGAGUAUCUGGGCAUUUAUUUCAUUGAAGGCAACUACAUUUUAUUAGUCAUGUUAGGAAUUUAGGUAGAAUCAACUUCUACUUAUUAAAGGUUGAAUUUCUGUCACUUUGUAGAGAAAUGAAUAGACUGAACACUGUGUGGUCAGUGUUUAGAUUUGCCCGUGGGUCUGUUUAAAUUUAUGUCAUGGAUCCUGAGACACAAAUAUAAUUAAUACAAGUCUAGAGACAGGAGAAGCAGAAAUAAGCUGACCCAGGAGUACAGUCUCAAGUAGUUCAUUAAUGAGAAAAUGGACAUCUGACAGGAGUCUUUUUACUUUAUCCUGGCUGAAAAUCCAAAUCUUGUUUUAUUUUUUCCACUAAAAGUAACUAAAAUA